AUGCCGGUGCGGGUGAUCAGCUGGGCGUUUAUCCGGCUGCGGCAGAGCAGUGGGGGCGGAGGACACCUCCCGGAAGAAACAAAAAGCAUCCCCGCCGAGGCAGCGGGGCGGCUGGUGAGGAGAGACCAGGGGAGUGAGCUCCAGCAUGGAGGAGAUCAGCCGCCACACUCAGCUGCAGCGAGAGCAAGGGGCGGAGCCAGCACGAGCUCCGAGAAAGCCGGCAACACAACUGGCAGCAGUGCUGGUGGUUGGACCGGCUCCGAUGCUGUCGGCGGCGCCAGUGAGGAAGCCGGCUGCAUUGUAGGCAGCAGAGCCGGUGGAGGAACCAGCGGCAUCUGGAACAGCAGAGCCAGGGAGGAAAUUGACUGUGUUGCAGGCAGCAGAGCCGGGGAAGGAACCGGCGGCAUCCUGAGCAGCAGAGCCAGUGAGGCAACUGGCUGUGUUGCAGGCAGCAGAGCUGGGGAAGGAACCGGUGGCAUCCUGAGCAGCAGAGCCAGUGGAGGAACCGGCUGUGUUGCAGGCAGAAGGGCCAGCGAGGGAACCGGCCGCAUUCCAGGCAGCAGAGCUGGGGAAGGAACCGGUGGCAUCCUGAGCAGCAGAGCCAGUGGAGAAACCAGCAGCCGGAUUAAGGAAGGAGCCGAGGCAGAAGGGCUGGGCUGGCGACCCCGGUAG